AUGCGCAAAGAGUCAAGACCUCCCACCGAGUCAUUCUAUCAUCCAGCGAUAGUUCCUCUCAAGAUCUCUUUACUUUCCAACGGAACCCUCAGGUACGGCAAUCUCCACGCCGGAAUGAAACAAGAAAAUGACAUGGAGCGUAUUUCCGACUCGGAAGAGGAUUCUUCCGCCUGGUCAAUUGGCUCUCUCCCUGAGCAAAUGAGCUCCUCAUUCGCCCACAAACCAAGACCCAAUUUUGAGCAAAAACUCGCGGACACUCCACGCACACCGUCUCCUCGAAAGAAGACUGUCAGGUCUGCAGUGGAAAAGUGGGGCAUAGGCGACGAGUCGAGUUCAGAUUCUGAGAUAGACGGAGGAUCCCGCCACGAGGAGCAUAGUGGGCCAGAGCAAGGACUCGUGCCACCUCAGUGGAAUACCUAUAUUAACACACCUCAACUGAAGGCGUCGCACCUUCGUAAAGCACGAGCUCGCCAGGGGACUCCACUUCGCCGUGUUCCGCGGUUCUCGCUCGCUUCCGUCGUAUCCAAAUCGCCUGGGACGGCGGAUUCUGUUCCAUCGUCACCAAAGGCCAAACGCUCGUCAGUAAGGCGACGUUCGAUAGAAUCUCCACCUUCGACUACCUCAUCUCCUUUGACAUGGGAUACCACGCUGACUUCUACAAUCAAUGGAGUGCAAAAUCUAUCAUUGCGAGAUGAAACGUCGUCGUUGGACUCAGUCGAGAGCGAAACGUCCUCUUCCCAAGCUUUGACAAAGCUACUGAAGAUCGCCGGACAAACAGUUCCGCUAGAUUUCACGGAGUUUCUGGACCAUUUCAAGAAGGACGAUCUAGAGACAUUAUCCAAUCACUCAAAGCCUCCGCCGAAGCGUAGCAAGAUGCGCACCGCCCAGCGGACUGCCCUUAAGUAUCGCAAGAUUUCUGAAGCCAGUUACUCAGAAGUUUAUGGCAUAGGGGACGUCGUUUUGAAGAUUGUUCCUCUCGCUGCGGAGAUGGACGUCGAGUCAAGUUUGGAGACAGCUGAUUUCGAAGAGGAUGGACCAUACAAGAGCAGCCCUCUGUCGGUAUUGAAAGAAGUACUUAUUACACGGGCCACAGGUGACGCGAGCGACGGGUUCAUCAAGCUCCUCAAAGUAUACAUUGUCACCGGGAAAUACCCUAAAACGCUACUCAGGGAAUGGGAUGAGUUCAAGCGCGAACGUGGCUCCGAAUCCACGCGCCCUGACACCUUCACUGAACGGCAACUAUAUGGCAUUGUCGUUCUUCCGAAUGCAGGGAUCGACCUAGAGUCGUACAUCCUUGCGGGCCCUCACCCUGAGAUGGGAUCCACAGAUGUUUCCAAAAGUGCAAGUGGGAAGAACUCGCACGCCUGGCGAGACGCUGCAGAAAUCUUUUGGCAGGUUGCCACUGCGCUUGCUGGCGCUGAGGAGAAACUCCGCUUCGAACAUCGGGAUCUCCACUGGGGUCAAAUUGUUGUUCGCAAGGCCGCAGUCGAUGAUCGUUCGGGUGCGAAAAUGGUGGUCACUAUCAUCGACCUCGGUCUCUCUCGUAUUGAGACCGGUGGUAAGGUCGAAUUUUCGCACAUCGAAGACGAAGUCUUUACAGGAAGGGGCGUUGUCUCCAACCAAGACGCUGGUGACGACGAAACAGAAGCAGACUACCAAUUUGAUGUUUAUAGAAUGAUGAGGCAUCACAAUGGUAACGAAUGGAUGCCGUUUAGACCUCUCACCAAUGUCAUGUGGCUUCACUAUCUUUCCCAGAAGCUUCUAUUUUCCAAAGGACUACGCAAGCCAUCAUCACCGACACGUACUAGUACAAUUGACGGGAAGAAUUCCUCGGCAGGUACUCACACCAGUUCGGAAUGGGCCGCAUAUCAGCAUCUCAAAGUCGUCGAAGAGACGCUUGGAGCGCAACUAAAGGAGGUCAUCGACGCCAUCAACGACAGGAAAAAGGUUGUAGGAAAGCAGUCCAAAAAGCCAGCCACGACAGGACGCAAGACGACUAUAUUUCACAAGCACACUCAAUCCGACUUCCAAGUGCAUUCUGCCAGCGACGUUCUCGUACUUUGGAUGACCAAAGGAUCAUGA